AUGUAUAAAAAUACACACGAUCAUGAGCAACGUCGCACAACAACUCGUGCACCAUCACCUGUACGUGAGUUGGUCUCAAAAUAUGUUAAUUGUAAUCUCACAGAAACUCAAAUUAAAAAUUUAUUGGUAGUGGAUUAUCCAUCAACUUCAAUACCAACAAAUCAAUUAUCAAAUUUAAUUAAUUAUACUCGUCGAAAAAAUAAUCCCACUAUAUUUUCGGUUUACGACUUUAAUCAAUGGUGUAUUAAUCACUCAUAUGAUGAAAAUUCAUUACAUUCAACGUUCAUACCUUACUAUUAUAUCAAUGAUAUUAAUGACUUUUUCGUUUUAUUUACGACAAAACAAUUAUUAAAAGACGCACAAUGCUCAACUCUAUCAAAAGUCGAUGCAACAUACAAACUCACGUGGAAUGAACUCCCGUUAUUAGUUUUCGGUUCAUCAGAUGCUGAUCGUCAUUUUCGACCUUUCGGAGUGGCUUUAAUAUCAAGUGAUGAAAAUUCAACAUGUUACAUUGAUUUAUUUAAACAAUUAAAACUCAUCUCAACUCAAGAAAAUCAACGUGAGUAUGUUGUAAAUUAUGUAAUGGCAGAUGGUGCACCAGGAAUUACAAGUGCUCAAAAGGAAGUUUUUCCUCAAGCACGACGUCUUAUGUGUUGGGCGCAUGUUGCUCGUAAAUGCCGAGAACAUAGAAAACUAAUGCCAACAGAGAAAUGGAAACAAAUUGAUAUUGAUAUACAUAAUUUACAAUUAUGUUUUUCAGAUAAUAUUUUUAGUCAUGGUACAAAUCUGCUAAUGAAAAAAAGGUCAACUGAUCCACUUAUUCAGCAAUUUCAAUCAUACUUUUUCAAUCAAUGGAUUGAAACAUUACCUCUAUGGUAA